AUGGUGGUAUGCAUUUUGAGAUCAGAUGUGGUGCUGUUGGUGUAUGGAUACCAGAUCCUCAACGACACGAUCAGCCUGUGUGACCUGGGCCGGCACAGCCUCUGUCCACUUGCAUCUGGCGCACUCGAUAUACCCCAGGCAAGCGUGAACGUGCCAUCCAUCGUGUCAGUGACUCCAGGUAAUGGCUACACUGUUCCGGACCUCGAUUCCACAAUCUCGUAUACAUUUACAGUGACUCGGCUCGAAACGGCUGUUUCGUGGGUUCUUGCGGUCAUGACUGGGCUGGAUUUGAUCGGCUCCGCUAUUGCCAUGAUCCGAGGCCAUCUUCAUUCCGCCACACAGCUUUCCGUCACGUCACUGGAUUUGUUGGGCUUCAUGCAGUCGCAAGCAAUGUUUGGCCUCUGCUCAGUCAGGCUACCACCUAUAGCACAGUCCUGGACACAAAUGUUCCAGUGGACUAUUGGAAUUGUACGGUUCGGGUUUGUCCAGUCGUUCGGUCGCUGGUACUUGCGUGCGACAGGAGGUACCCCCUCUACUGUAGUGGACAACUCAGAAGCAUCUCAGCAUUACUCGAAUGGCCUAUACCGAGCUGGCAUUGAGCCCACUAAUGUAUUCAUGACGGCAUAUUUCUCAUUCAUGUUUGUCGCUGUUAUUCUCUUUGUGGGGCUGGCGACAGCUAGACUGGGGCAUGCCAUUCUGAAAAGGUCGAACAAGAACAAGCUUCCGCGCUGGCUUGAGUCCGCACCUAUGCGCUUGUUGAACACUAGCAGAGGCCUGUGCCUUCUAUUUCUGACCGUUGCCCUCCCCUCAAUUGUCCGAUUUGCCUUUUGGGAGUUCACACAGCUUGAUUCCACCAGAAUAUUGAGAGGUCAGAAGUCUGGCCUGACCGCAGCAUACACUCUGUCAUCGGGCUUCAUUGACGCAAAGGAUGUGCGAUUAAUUCAGUUCUUCCAUACAGCCGACAGAUACUACUUCUUUGCCAUACAACAACUAUACGACUUUACGGGCGGGCUUACCAUUGCUGUUAGUCAGUCUGCUCCAGUUCCACAGGCUAUAACCCUCUUGGUUAUCAAUGUCAUCAUGAUGAGUCUCGUGAUCUGGGUUCGCCCUUGUCGAGAACGAAGCAUGAAUCGUCGCGCCAUCGCAGUGGCGAUCAUCGAGUUCUUGACCUCCGUCUGCAUCCCCAUAUUCUCGGGUAUCUUCAAAGGCUCACCAAUGGCGGCAAGCGUUGUUGAUGUGAUCUUUUGCUUGUAUAAUAUGGUCUAUGUGCUGGUGCUUGUGGUCUAUCUGCUGACUUCAGGGAUCAAUGCCGUCCGUAUAAAGGAGCCUGAAACUCAGUACCAGAGCGUCGGCGACAAUCGCGAAUCGUUCCUGAACCUACGUGUUUCACCUCCGACAGAGCUCAUGGAUCUGAGUACCACCAAUUGCGGAGAGCCCAAGCCUUGUGAGCAUCAAUUUUUAACUCCACCAGUGCAUAACGAAUGA